AUGCUGAGCUUAGUGAGUGGGUUCAUCAGAGGGCCUGGAGAGGACCCGAAGCCUCUAACAUUUUCAUUCCAUGACAAGUACAAACAGGGGCCCCUGUUAUCAAUUGGACUAACUCACACUCCUUUUAAAGCUUGCAAACUGAAGAGGUGUAAAAGGAAAUCCAGAGUUUUCUACAGGCUGCAAAAUCCUGGGAUCACUGAGCAUAUUAACUUGGAUCGGUAUUUGCAUCCACACUUCCAUUUUUACAUGAGAGAGAUCAGGACAGUUGUGUAUUCUCAGUUCCUGGAAUCUUACAAGAGUGUCACCAUUGAAGCCAUGGCAAAGGCGUUUAGUGUCAUAGUUGAUUUUAUUGAUCUGGAGCUGUCACUAUUCAUUGCAGCAGGGAAGCUUCAUUGCAAGAUCGACAAAGUCGCAAGUGUUUUGGAAACCAACCGCCCAGAUGCAAAGAAUGCUCUUUAUCCUAUCUUAUACUUUUAG